AUGUCCGCCGCCGCGAGCUCAUCUGCCGUGAAGCGUCGCAGGAAGACGGAUGUCCAAGCGCCUCUUCCACCUCCGGCAUUAGCCCUUUUCUCCCUGCCCAUAUCAUCGCCGGCACGAGCUGGUCUACUGUCGUUGGUACCAUGCCCUAGAUGCGGCAUUCGAACCAGAAUUCGUCUUGUGUCAAAAUCGGAGGCAAAUCCUGGCAGGAUUUUCUACAAGUGCCCCAAACACCAUGAGGAUGGACUAGACAACUAUUUUGAUUUUUGGGCGAGAGGUGGGUACGUCAGCCAUGGAUUGAGCAGUUUUGAUUCAGCUGGUGGCAUUGCAAGUGAAGAAACAAAGGUGCAAGAGGAAUGUCCAGGAGCAAUGCAGAGCACUUUUGAGACUGUGGUGUAUGCAGAUGUAGUGAAGAAGAUGAAUGAGCUCAUUUUUCUUUGUAAGAGUAUUCUUAGUGCACUUGUUGUACUGAUUGCAAUAGUGGUGUAUGUAGGUUUUAAGAAGUGA